CUUGCUUGGGCUUUCAAGAAACACGAAAAAUUCCAGAAUUUAAAUAAAUAAUUACAUGUGUUGGAUGUUUGCAUUGUAGGGAUGUACAGGCAGAUUUUAUAGAUAGAAUCAGUGAUUAGGUGGCCAGUGUUUACUCACUGAAAUUAGAUGAUUUUCUAAGUCAGUAGGUAUAUUGGAAUGUUUGGGUAUAGCAAUAUGGCGGCACAGUGGCUUCAGUGUUAUAUUAUGAUUCACUAUGUCGCGAGCCAUCACGUUAUAAUUUAGCUGAAGCAAGCGUGUGGAGUGACUAGCGUCCCCGUGCCAGAGUGUGCAUCAGCCGGGAGAAGAUUCAAUCUCUUCACCAGUCACUUCAUGUAACUCAUAGACGCUACAGCCAGCCCUACUUUUAGCUCCCCUCCGUGGACAUUACACCCAAAAAACAAAGCUCAAAUGUGCCCAUACACCCAACACUUAUUGCUUUGGCCACUGGGGGCAGUGUUUCACAUUUCGUUAAGCACAGACUGAUUUUAGCUAAAGCUUACUGUUUCUGAUUUCAGUGUAAGAUCAGCCUGUUGGCAGAGAGGGCUUCCUUUCAUGCGAUGGUGUUCCUCAGAAGUGUUACUUAAGAAUGACUCAAGCACUUUCAUGUCUUUUUGUUUUGGUCAGCUGUGUUGCUCGUAACAGCCACAUAGGAAAUACUCCACCCUGACUCAGACAAUUAGCUUCAAUGAUAGAGAAUCCAUUCCCUUGCAGGAAAUCUGAACAACUGCUGUCCGGCUUGGGCAUCAGAUAAAGAGGCAUAUAACAGGAUUGCAUUUUGUGUAGUAUUUUAUUUAACAUUGCUAAGCUAGAAUUGUAUUUUGAAAGGUUAGCAUUCAUUUUAUUCUAUUUAAUUACAAAUUCUUUACAUAGACACUACCAGUCAGAAGUUUGGACACACCUUCUCAAUCUUUAUUAUUACUAUUUUCCACAUUUAACAAUAAGAUUAGUCAUCAAAACUUUCGUAAUGAAAUUGCUGUGACCAAAAAUGUUACAAAUAUAGAAACAAAUAAAAUUUAUAUAAAUCUAAAAUUAAUAUUUUAGAUUCUUCAAAGUAGUCAUCCUUUACCGAGAUUAAAGCUCUGCACACUGUUGGUAAUUUCUUAACCAACUUCAUCAGGUGAAAUGACCUGGGUCUCGUUUCCCAAUAACGAUUGAUCUUGGUGGUUAAAAGUGUUUUCUACGAACGAUUUCCCAAAACUACACUUAACAUGAGUGAGCGAGGACACGCUUUAAGUGCUACUUAAGAGAGUCAGUGUCCGUGUGACAGUGCUGAAUUGUGACCAUAUAGUGAUGCUCAUCAUUGUAACUUCAUUAUAUCUGUGCAUAACUUUACAAUCAUUUGUAAUUUACAUCGCUAAUAUUUGUUUAAAAAUGUUUUCUUAAAUAUUCAAUCUAAUUAACUACAUAUUUCCACAUUGUCUUACAAUAAUUUUGUGCAUAACAAUCUUUCUUUUACACAAUCUGCUUCCAUAAGUGUGCAUGUGUAAUAUUUCAUUUUCACAAAUUUUUCUCGAUACGAAAGCUUCCGAUUAGUGAAGACGGCGGAGGCCCUUUGUAUGAUCCUGCUAAUUACAAGCAUUCAUUGAAUGUUACGAGGUUCACUGUGUUAUUAUGCACUGCAAAAUAAGGAGACGUUUAGAAGAUGCGCUUACUCUUUAAUCCCAAAAUUGGUAACGGUGACAGCAAUGCUGCAUGUGCGGUGCGACACAACUUGUAGUGCUGGUGAGAGCACCUCUGGGGGUCAAGAUAAGAAGCGCAGAUAAGGAUGAUGAGCCAAUAUUUUUUUACAGUUUUCAUGCAGUUAUUUACUUUUUUCUUCUCUCUCUGGUUUUAAUUUAUACAGUUGUCUGCAUCAAUCAUUCCACCACUUUGCUGUUACCAACUAGUCCACACAAAUAACUUUAUUUGUUUACUAAUUAAUAUAUUCAUCCAUUUAUAUAGACCAUCUAUUUUAUGCAUUUAGUUAUUAAUAUUAUUAUCAUUAUUAUUAUUAUUAGACUUGUCUGUUAAAAUAAAAAUAAAUAAAACAUAGGUAUCCUGAUAUUAAAGGUUUAGCAUAAAGUGUAGCUAUAAUUAUUUAAAUUGUUUCAAGUGUAAUUUUGCGUUUGUCCUGCAGGUGUCUGCAUAAGUCUAUGUGCUACCGAUGCUCUUAGGAGUCGCUGUAGGAGUCCUCCAGAGCACUCAUAAAUCUACGAGCAUUUUCAAGUACUACAUAAGUUACGAUGCUUUUGGGAAAUGGGCCGCAAAACUAAGAUGAAUCAUAAGAUGGAUUCUACGAUCUACUUAGGCUUACGAUGCUUUUGGGAAACGAGGCCCUGGAAUGCUUUUUAAAUCAUAUUGAGGGAGUUCCCAUGUUUGCGGGGCACUUUUUGGCUGCUUUUCCUUAACUAUCUAUUCCAACUCAUCCAAAAAAUGGGUUUAGUAAAGACAGACGUGAGGGCCUUUCCCACUGGCGGGACUAAAGCCCGUUUUAGAUAUUUUCCCCAGGACUAUUGCUUUUUGUCGCUUUUGCACCUAAGGAACUAUAGUUCCUUGAAGCCAUUUUAGGGGACAUUUUUAGCUCCAACCCCGGGGUAGGUACUUUUGGGGCAUAUAGGAACUGUAGGACUGUGGGAGAUGCUGGAGCCUGUGACUGGACAAAACCCUGCAUUGAGAAAGGAGAGGCGCUCCAUAACCACCAAUAGUAAACAACUAGCUGCUAGCCUGCUACGGAGAAGAUUGCGCUAAUUUUACAAUUCCCUUAACAGAAAUAACAUAUAACAAACAAAUUAUCCAAAGAGAAUCACCCAUUUCACGUGUGUGUGUGUGUGACUUCAUGGGGAGACACGAUUUGAGUUUAUCGCAUCUGUAUUGUGUGACUAUAAAGAAAAUAAAGUGAAUUCUGGAUUACUACAUCAACUUUUUCCUGGGAUGACGGAUAUAAAUAAUCAGAUGUUAAUCUAGAGUGGGUAAUUGAACGUUAUUAUACACUAAACCAUCAUUAAAUCUAGUUUAUGUGAGGGAAGUAUUGCGUGCCUGAUACUGCUUGGUUAACUUGCAUCAAGACUCAAGUCAAUGAGUGAGUAUUUCAGUACAGUAUUUUAUGCUGAGCCAUAAAAGCCUUUAUUGCAAAAGAUUGUGUAAAUUGGUUUAUAGUACAUUUUCAACUAGGGAUGCACCGAUACCACUUUUUCUCUUCCGAUUCCGAUAUCUGAAAUCUCAGUAUCCGAUCCGAAACCAGUGUUGUUUUUUUAAUAAUCAGUUUAUAAUAUCUAUACCUCACUGAGUGAUGCUAAUUAUAUGUAAAGAAACACAAACCUUUAACUACACAUUAUUUCAGUAUAAAUGUACAAACUAUUAAGAAAAACUUUGUUAACUAGUCUACUGGAUAAUGCUGCAGCAAAAUUAACAGUAAUUCCAGUCUAAGUGUUCAGUAGAAAAGAAAGCAGUUUUUUUGUUGUUGCAAAAAAACAUUCAACUUGUAUCUGGACUCAAGAUAUGUUCACUUUUCAUUCACAGUUAUUUUUUGGAACCCAUUAAACUUAAAUAUUGUUACAAUUUGUAAACAAAUAAUAAUAAUAAAUUAUUAUUAUUAUUAUUAUUAUUGACUUUUAGAAUUUUACAUACAAUAUAUUUCAAUCGUGCACCUUUAAAUUCUGAACUCUCCAGGAAGUCCUGUAUGUGUCUGUUUGUAAACAAGUUCACAGUAGUUUAAUUAGCUUCUUAUUAAAAUUCUGGCAAAAUGCACCUCCGGCACUGUUCUAAAUGCGUAUUAUAAGUGAACUGAACUAUUGAGCAUCUACAUCUGAGAUGUUGUUCGUGAGUAGUGCUCAAAUGUUGCGCAACACUUGAAGGCUAAAAAAAGGCGCAAGUGUGUGUGUCAACAGAGCAGUGCCAUUCAAUAACACGCUGGCGCUGCAAGUGCAUAUUAUAUAUUUACUUAUUAAACACAGCCUUUUGUGAUUCACAGAGCUUUCGCACAUCUUCAAGUGGCUUUGAAUAAAAUGCACAAGUCAUUUUAACUACUUCAAUGGUGUUUGUAUGGUUCUUUUAUGUCAUUUUUGGAGCUUGACAGGAACGAACAUGACUAACACACAGUAUCGGAUUUAGAUCGGGCUCGUCGGACCAAUACCGAUCCAGGUAUCGGAUCGGUUCAUCCCUAUUUUCAACAUGUUGUCCGCUGAGUCCGGCGUGUGCUGCGUGGUUAAACAGCUCGUUUCUGGCUGCGGGCAUCACAGAGCACCGCACGCGUGGCUCACGAGCCCAGUUUAAACUGAAACCUGAAGACACAUGUUGUGUCCAAUAACUGGAAAAUGCUGCCUUCGGAGGAUGUAUAAGGAUGGAUGAAGUUAGGAUGCAAUAAGGUGCCUUUUAAAAUGUUCAGAGAGUUCCAUUCAUCCAAAAACACUGUUGUUUAAACCAUUAACUGAUAAGGCAGCUGCCUACGUUUUCCGAUGCAGCCAAAGUUCGUAUAAAACAGGCCUAAACAAACAAAAGUGUAGUUCUGAUCCCGGCGUCCUCUGUCGGUGUUGAUUAUUUUGUUGCUAUUGAAACACGCAUGCAAAUUACAUCAGAAUAAAAAUGGUCGAUACUAGAUGACGUCACUACGGUGGUUAUUUUGUGAGUGUGAAUUCAAUGGGGGAAAAGUCUCUUCAGGUGUCCCGUUCCUUGUAAGAGUUCUCAUCUAGAAAGUUACUAAGGGAAAAGUGCCAGGCCUGUAAGUGGGAAAGGUCCUGUAGACGCAAUUUAUAUUUGUCUGCAGAACUCAUUUCAAGCAUUUGAGCAUAAGCCAUUUGAUCACAGGGUUUUUAAGAUCUUUAAUUUAAUUGUCCAAACUUUUGACUGGUAAUGUAUAUGAUUAAAAAGGUAUUAUUUGAUUACUUGGUCCUCUGUCCCUGGUGUUCCCUUCCAUUAUUUGUUUCCUAUCCAUCUGUUUUGGUCGCUGUCUUCAUGGUCAUGUUCUGAGGAUGACUUUGCAACCUACAUUUUUAGAGACAGAAGCCUGUUAUUAUGUCAGCUUCACUUAAGUGCACUGUCCAGCACCCAAUAUUGUGUUGUAGUGGAGACUCUCUCGUCUGCAUCAAUGGCAGAGUUUACAGUCAUAAAGUGCAAAAUGACUGGUUUGCUUUUGGAGGAUGAAGCUGAAUGUUUGCCAAACAUUAUUUUUAUCUGACAUUAGCAGUGGGCAAGCAAUUCAGACACAGAGAUUUAUAGUUGCGUUUAUGCAUUUGGCGGAUGCUUUUACAGUGCGUUCAAGGUAUGCAAGGUUUAGUUUGUUCCCUGGGAAUUGAACCAGUGACUUUACAGUAGCUUUGCUUUCACCAUACUCUACCAUUUGAGCUAUAGAAAUCCCAGAUUUAGCAUCAGUGUUAGGUAAGUAAGCAGUAGUAAUGCUUUAUGGUUUCUUGAAUAUCAGUAAUGACUUGGCACCAAAAAACUUGUUGCCAUUUCUUUUCUGCUCUAAUAACAUUUUCAUCUCAAGUGGAUUUUGCACAUAGUUACCUAAAUUCCUUCUACUAACAAGUUGGUACUGCAAGCAGCAUGCUUUCACAUCCAUAGUUAUUUAUUUUUCAGUUUUGUAAGUGGUCAAGUUGUAAAGGGUGUUUGAAAGUAGUGUUUAGUCUGUCAGUGAGAAGCAGAGAGACAUCCAGUUCAAAGUUUACACAGCAAAUGCAGACAGUUAAUUAUUAAUGAGAGACCUCCUGUGAAUUCUUACACUUUUUUAUCUCACUCUCUCUGACUGCAAAUCUACUAUGUAUGUGAAAAUUACUUUUUUGAAUGUUAGGAGUGUUCGUCUCGCACAUGUGUAACCACCUCAAAAGUAUUGUAUGCCCAUGGCAUGAGUUUUAAUGUUUGAAACAUUAAGGUGUGUGUCAUUUGUGAGUUACGGAAUGUUAGUCUCCAUGACAUUGCCAUUGUUUUAGUAAAAAGAGUCCUCCAUUCAUUGAUACCAUUAGUCCUUUUGUAGCCCACAUUGCAGUAGUUUUAUUCUUGGUCAUUUAACCCAUGUUAGUGAGUGUUUGUUUCAAAGACUUAUAAUGCUACAUGACAACAGUGUUUACUUUGUCUCUGACCUCUUUUGAACCCCCUGCAAAGGUGUGUUGGGGGAAGAAGACAAAUUUCUCAAAACUUCUAGAAAGCUGUAUGGGAGAGGAAAAACAAUAUUCUUUCUGCUUAUUUUAAAAUAUCAGCCUAAGCCUCACAAGAUAUUUAAAACUCAUGUAAAAUUUACUUUAGUGGUUGUUUUGACACUGUUUCAGCUGUAGCAUUGUUGUGUGCUUUAAAUGUGUUUAUGUCAUGGCAAUUUUAUAAUGUGGUUAGCAUUGAGGUUAUCUACACCUAAAUAGAGUGAGAACUCAGUUCUCUUUGCUAAUAAUUGCUUUGCAGUAGUUGUAGCAACCAAAUAGGAAAUUAUGCUUAGCAUGGUUGAUGAAAAAGUGCACAGUCCCAAAUUCUUCAGUAGCCCGAACAUGUAAGUGAUAUUUUUCUCUGUGCUUGUCAUUUCAAGUAUGACCAGAAAAUACUUGACCAGCUUAGAUAAUAUUUGGACUAAUCCCAGUGUGUGAACAGGCUCUAUUUAUUCUAGCUUUUACAGGCUCUGAAGUCAAGGCAAAGCUGUUUUUUUUCUCAGUCCCAUUUGAACCAUUAUUGUAAUAGCAGCAGCUAAACUAUUCUCAAAUCUGUGUAAAGUCAUCAUUCAGUAAGUUGUUUUUUCUCUGCAGAUCUGGAGCUCUAGCUAAAUAGCGUGAAUGUAAUGUCACUAUUAGUUAUCUGUGUGUACAAGUCAUGGUUUAAAUUACUGAAUUGAGUAGAUGUUGGUGGCCAAUGUUUAAACUACAGGAUUUUGUAUGAACUGUAAGAUUAAUGACAAAGUCUGGGAAGUCCGCCCCGAAUUGACUGUGGAAGUGCACGUAGAUGCAUUGUCCUUUGUUAUUUGUCUUUAUUUGGAAGUUAAUUUAUAGUCUAUGUAUUCCAUUUUAAGAGAAAAUGUAGUCCAUCCUAUGAUCAUGAAAUGAACUUUUAAAAACAAGUAUUUCAAAUAUUUCAAAAAUUCACUGAAAAAUAUUUGAACACUCAUCACUGCCUGUCUUGUAGUACCAGUUUGUAUUGCUUGGAUAAAGUGUUUAUUUCUUUAAAACAAAAAGUACGGAUAAUACAAGGUCAGUUUCACAUUUGGAGUAACAUGCUUUAAAUGCAUUAAAUACACCAACACAGAAACUGAAAGGUAAAAAAAAAAAAAAGAAUAGAAGUGGUUUCAUACUCAGACUCUUUGCGAAUUUGAGCAUAAUUAAGACAAACCUGUCUGCCACAAGAUCAUGGUGUAUGAGACAUCAAUUGUUGUGUACGCUACAUGUUGGUACAGUUGAUUGUGCAGUCAGGAAGAACUUGAUCACACCUCCAGAAUGUACCAGCAUGUUUCACUUAAGACAGACAGAUAAUGAUGUUUCAGGAUGGCAAUGAAUAGCUCUCUGUCACUUCUACAGUCUUUAAAAUCCCUGCUGAUUUUAGAGGCCACCUGGCAAAUAAGGCUGCUCUAAAUUGAGUCCUUUAUGUCUGUACUCGGAUACACUCAGAGCACCUUUCCAUAGGAGAUGUUUGGUCAUAUACUCUCUAAGGACUUUGACAGAAAGGUGUAGGACAAGAAAAUAGUGAGUAAAAGGGGAUGGGGGUAAGGUAAGUGAAAGAAAGGAAGACAGAGAGCAACAAAAAAAAAAAAAAAAAGAAACUGUUGGGAAAUUUAGCUAAUUAGAAGAAUAGGGAGUUGAAUAAAAACAGGCAUUUAGACAGACAGCUUAAAGACAACAUGCAGCAGAGCAAAGUGGUUGCUAGGAGUCAAAAACAGUGAAAUGAGAGAAAGAGGGAGGAGUUUGUGAAAGGGAAGCGACAGGUCUAUGGGAAAAAGCACAUGAAAAUAAAUCGCAAGAAAUGAAGCAGGUGACAAAAGUGUUGUAGAGAGUCUUAAUUUUAAAAAUACGCUUGAUUUUAUAACCUGGAAGAAGAGGCAGUAUUGGCCUUCAGUAAGUGUGAAUUGACGUCAGCCUCAUAAAAUUAAAAUAUUAUAUUGUUGGAAUUUUAAAUGUCAGGUUACACGAUUCUCCAACCAAGUCUUGCACCCAUUAUUAAGUCAUAGCCACUGGACUGAGUUAACGUAAAGAGGUUUGCUUUGGUUAUUUUUAGCUUGGCAGUCUAAAAUUUAAACAGACAAUCUUGACACUUCUGAAGCUUGAAAUUGGGCCAAGUCCUUCCAAGUAAUAGAUGUCUUUGUGUCCAGUGAUAAUUUGAAGUCCUUAUUGGACCCUUCACAAACUGUGAUGAUGCGUUUUCACCUUAUUUAGCAACGUAAAUUUAGAAAAGUAUUUUACAUUUGCAAUUUUUUAAUUAUUAAAUGUAAAUUUAUAACAUUAUACUUUUGUAUUUUAUUCCCCUUAAUUAGUUAAAAAAAAAAAAAAAAAGUUAACACUGCUAUGAUGAGCUUUCUAAUACAGCUGCUAAGAUAGUGACAGUACAUUUGGCCUCUUUCUCACUUCUGACUGCUGUAAUCCACUGCGCUCGCCUUCUUUUGGAAAGCUGUGAAAGCAGAAUAGUGGAUUUUUUUUUUUAUUUUGCUGUUUGAGCAAACGGGUAAGCAAAAGUAUAUUUGCCUUGGUCACCAAUUCACUGCUAUACAAGGUUAACCUGCUAUUGUUUACAUCCGCUUCCCAAACUAAGAUAUGUGAACAGGAUCCAUAGUGAGGUAUGUCUUCUUGACUUGGACAGUGUCCAAGUGUAGACAGUUGACAUAUGCAAUGAUUUGCAUGCCAUACUCGAGCAUUCAAUUGCAAACACACAAAUUGACAAACGCUCAGUCAUUACAUGUUUUGUCAUAGAAUAUAGGUAAAUAUAUAUAUAUAUGUGUGUGUUUGUGAAAGUUCAAGCUCCUGUCACAACAGUCUUUUGUUUAUUGUAAUGAGUAAAAUACAGAAGUGCAGAGGAAAAUAGAGUGGAGAUACUUUUUAUUACUUUCUUAGCAGCUUUAUUUAAUUAGAAACAACUGGUAAUAACAAAUGAUGAGAGAUAACACUGAUAACAAUGCAAGACAUUCAGAGAAUUAAAGAUGGGCAAGGCAGUAAAAAAAAAAAAAAAUACCAGAAAUGGACUUACUACACUGAUGGCUUAAGACUUGACAGCUUUGAGAAACUAGCAAGAAGACCUGGAAAGUUCUGCUGAAGUCACACUACUGUACAUGGGUGGUGAGUCUCAACACCAUGCAGGGGCCUCGGAGGAAGGUGAAGGUCAUGGUGAUGAUGACAAUGGUGUUUAUCUUUAUAGUGGUAGAAGUAUCUCGUAAUGCUGGGAAGGGUGAUGGCAAUAAGAAUAAGAUGCUGGUUCCCACAAAGCAGUUCUGGGCUAAAGAUGUUCCCAGUGACGCCUACUGGAAUCGCCAGCAACAGCAGCUCAACUACAUAAACAACCUCAAUCUAGAAAAUCUCAACUCAACGAUUGAGAAAAUUCCAGACUGGCUCAACGACACAGUCAGUCUUGACUCCUGUGAGCCAGACUUCAGAGUGACCACGCAAGUUAAGGAUUACAAUUCGCUUCCAGACCGCUUCAAAGACUUCUUGCUGUAUAUGCGGUGCAGAUCAUAUCCCAUCGUGGUGGACCAGCCAAACAUAUGCAAAGACCAACCGUUCCUCCUCCUAGCGAUUAAAUCUUUAGUUCCGCACUUUGAUCGACGUCAGUCGAUCCGUGAGUCAUGGGGCAAAGCUGGUCGUCUUGCAAACAAAACAGUUGUUACAGUGUUUCUUCUUGGUAAGGCAGCCACAGAGGACCACUUCCCUGAUCUGUCACAAAUGCUCCAUCAUGAGUGCUUAAUGCAUGGGGAUAUUCUUCAGUGGGACUACAGGGAUACAUUCUUCAACCUCACCAUCAAGGAGGUCCUCUUCCUGGAGUGGCUGAUGACUCGCUGUUCUGAAGCUAGUUACGUCUUCAAGGGUGAUGACGAUGUUUUUGUCAACACCUUUCGCAUCAUAGACUUCCUCAGCAAUCUCUCCCAUGCCAAAGGCAAGGAAUUGUUUGUAGGGGAUGUGAUUACCAAUGCUGGCCCACACAGGAACAAGAAGGUCAAGUAUUUCAUCCCUGAGAGUGUGUUUGUCGGAACGUACCCUGCAUACGCUGGUGGAGGUGGUUACCUGUUCUCAGGACAGCUGGCCAAGAAAAUGUAUAAUGCCUCGAGACAGGUGGCCCUCUACCCUAUUGAUGAUGUCUACACAGGUAUGUGCCUUAUGAAAUUGGGCCUUGCGCCUGAGAAGCACAAAGGCUUCAGGACCUUUGAUAUCGAGGAGAAAUACCGUGAUAAUGCCUGUGCCUACAACAGCUUGAUGCUGGUCCACCCCAGAAGUCCUCAACAUAUGAUCAAAAUCUGGGCCUGGCUAAACGACCCAGACUUGAAUUGUCAGUGACCUCUCAGGAUUACUGAUCCAGGUUGUGGCAGCUUGAUUAUUUUUGCCAUUGUUCUAUUGUGAGUUGUUAUUAUUGUCAUUAUGUACAUGCAAACUUUGGAACAUCCAUUGAUUUCAUGGUUAGGGUCAGGAGCAACAAAGAGCUGUUUAGAUGUAUGUAUUUCAAAUGUGGCUCAAAAUUGCUGCAUCCAUAGUAUUCCAAUGACUUGACUUAUGGUCUGUUUUUAAUGUUACAAGUAUUUAUACCAUGCUCCAUUGACAACACUGGUAGUGAAGAUGCAGGAGAGAAUGGGAUUAUGGGUAGUGCAGUUCAGCUGGUCUGAACAAUGCACAGUGGCAGUACACAGCUUACCAAAUAAUGAGCUUACCAGUAUAUCUCUUUAUCAUUUUAAGAUAUUUUUUUCUCUUUUUUUUCUGGAGUCGAUUAGACAUUAUGUGACAUAAGUUCAGAAAAUAAAUGUUGUAUUAUGCUGGAGCUGUUUUUGACGAUAAAAUUAAUGGUUUCUUUGGGGUUUUUCCAAGUUUUAACUGUGCUGAAACAAACUUUAAGGCAUCUAUACAUCCAUCACAAGCUUAAUCCCACUGUCCAUGCUAGCUGCUUUAGUUUUCUGUGUUGUGCAUGAAAAUAAUGCACAAAAAGCCUGAAAAUAGAGAUGAGUUUAGAGGAAGAAAGAAAAUGAUGGUGAGUAGAUGGGAGAAUUUUCAUAUUUGGGUGAACUAUCCCUUUAAUGGCUUAUUUUAGAGCUGUGUUUGUGGGGGCAAAACUUAAAUAGGUUACCUACCAAGCCUCUGCACAUUCUUAAAUGAAUAGUUCACCCAAAAGUGACAAUUUUGUCAUUAUUUACUCACCCUCAUGUUGUUUCAAACCUGUAUGACUUGCUUCUGUGGAACAUAAAAAGCGGAUAUUAGGUAUUAAGUUAGUCUUAGUCAUCAUUCAUUUUUAUUGAUAAUUUUUUACCAUACAAUGAAAGAGAAUGGUGACUGAAGCCUAACUGAAGUCUGCCUAAAAACUUCUUUUGUGUUCCAUCGAAGAAAGUCAGGUGAGUUUUGAACAACAUGAGGGUGAGUAAAUGUAAAUAUUUUUGGUUGACCUGUCCCUUUUAGACUGCACAAAAUGCUACCUGUCUUACAUCGAAAUAAUUAAUUAUUUUGCUAAGUAGACAAUCAAAUGCAAGUCAAAAUCCUAUUAUUAUUAUUAUUACAAAUUUGCGAAUUAGACCUUGCUGUACAUUACUGCUUGAGUCAUAGAAUCUAACACAGCCCACUGAAGUGUGUUCGAUCCUGCUGUAGCAUUUCUUCGUGUACAAAAUCAUGCAUUCCUCAAAAUACUUGCUAAUAGUUUUAUUGAAAAAGCUGUCUAAAAUGCUAGUACCUUGUCUUAUUUGAAUCAUUUGUAAAACAUAUGACCUCAGGAUGUGUCCUCUGGCAAAAGUAAUCCAAAAAUAAAAAAAAUCAGUCUUGUAAAUCAAACAUGUAAUGUCAAGUACAUGAUUAUGAAAGUUGUGAGAGAAGGCAUACAAGGUUGUGGAGUUCUUUGGUUGCAUUUCCCCUUUUUAAUCAAGGGAUACUGUAAUUUACCUUCUUGUCUAAACAAGUGUAACCAGCCUGCGGCUCACAAGAGCCAAUUUUCCAACCCCAGAUUGAGCCUGUCGCUGUUUUGAUCACUGUGCUGUUGUUGUUGUUUUUUUUCCCUCCCAUAAAUGAAGGCCAGGAACUGUGUCUCAGCUGGCUUAUUUGAUUACUGAAUUUGAUUGAAUGGCUAUAAACGUUACAGUCAGUGACCCCUGCUGGUCAAUAAGGAUUUUUUUUUUUUUUUGUAAAACAAAGAAACACUGGAACCUUUUUUGCAACCUGGUUCUGAAACCAUGCUAUUUGCUCAUUAGGCUUCAGCCUAAUGGAAUAUUUAAAUGCCAGUCAACAAGUAGUUCAAGUUUAUUUUACUGUUCUUGUUUUCAUUUAGUUAUUUUGGUUGGGGCUAUUCAUUAUAACAGGUGUGAUGCUAAAAUGUGGACUGUAUCCAGUCUAUAAAUACUGUUGUCUGUUAUCCUUAGGUCUGCUACAUUCUGUUCUCUGAAGAGUGAAGUUAAGCUUGCGUCAUAGUUGCGUCAACUGUUGUUUUUAUUUUUAAGUUGUUCAUCCAGCUGUGAGGAAUGAGGGCCAUAAGGAUGUGUGUUUUAUUUAGUUUCUCUGCUGAUGGGGCAAGUAAGCCCAACGUAUAAUGACCUAAUGUAGUGUUUGAUGAGAGGGACAAAGUUUUUACAUGUAUUCAAAAAUGGUCAAAAAACUUGUAUUUAUAAACUACUAUUUUAUGUCAUUCUAGACAGUUCACCAAGGUAGAUUAGUACACUUUUUUAUACACUGGUAUUUAUUAGGUUCUACGAAGUUCUCAAAACUCUUCAGCUUUUAGAGAAUUCAUAAUUCUGUAAUUGCUGCAUCUGAUUCUGUUCUAUGACUGUUGUAUAAUGGACUUGCAUCUGUGCUUAACACUGUAGACCAUUCAACAAAAUGAACACUUGUUCUGUCUUCACAACUGUGUUUUUUUUAACUUCCUUCUGAUAUUUAGGUCCAGAUGUCCAUCAUGAUAAGAUAUUUGAAUGUUAAAAUUAUUUGAUUCACUAGUAAAAGUUGUUUAUGUAUAUUUAUGUGUAUUGAUGUGUAUAUGGAUGUACAAGCUCACAAUUGUUAUGUGCGUCUGGGGAGUAAUCAUGAUAAAUCAUUGCUGUGUUGGCUGAAUGUCAUUGUGAAUUUUAGAAUCUAUUUGUAUUAUGAAAUUGUUUAUUAAUUGCUCAUGAGUGAUAUCUACAUGGAAUUCCUGAAGAUUCCCCCUACAUGGAAUCCCCCCCCCCCACACACACUUAUUUAUGUGCUAAUUUAUAUUUUUGUCACAACACCUCUUACCAAAAACAAAAUCUGUGAACUGCAGACACCGUUACCAAAAUGUGCCUGUUCAUAAUUUUGAUUGAUUUAUCUUUGUGUCAGUCUUUCGUAAAUGCACAUUUUGUUCAUUUUAUCAAGACUGUGUCAGCCUUUUUGAUUGAUUAAAUAGAAUAAACUUUGAUGUAUUUUGUA